GUCACGGUCGCGGCGAUUCCCGUGACAGUCACAGUCGUCACGCGAUCACGCGCCAACCUAGACGCCCGAUUGCCGCGUUCGCGUCGACGCCGCAGUCAAAGUCUUACUCGGGUUCGCCGUCGCACACAACGAGUUGAGCCUUCUGUGCAUCCUGCUGCUUCAACAUUGACUAGGUCGCUGCGACACUUGCGACCCCAACCGGGAGGCCUCUAGAGCGAUGUCUGCCACCACGGACUUGCCCGUCCUACUGCCGCGCAAGGUGCUACCUCGGACAGAACUGCUGCCACGAGAAUGGUCACCAAAGGCAGACCUAACAACUACCAACCCACCUCCGCCUGACGAUGCAAGGACACACGACCAGGAAAUGGCCAUGGCUAGACAACUCAUGGACGGCAAGACCGUCAAGAAGGUCAGGCCAAGGAGAACCGUCGACUACGGUGGCCCUCUAGGCGGAUGGGCACUGCUACGGAAGUCACGGCCCAACUCGACAUACGUACCAUAUCUGAGGCCAGCACCUCCGUAUAUCAUUGAUUUACUGCCACCAAAAGCAUAUCCGGACAACCCCUCAACAUCACUCUGUACUAAGUUCGUGCAUACAUCGACCAACAAGCUCAGAUGUCCCGUCAACUGUGUCACGUGGACCCCUGAAGGGCGUCGGGUGCUGACCGGUUCCACAAGUGGAGAGUUCACUCUUUGGAAUGGCCUGACGUUCAACUUCGAGACCAUUCUGCAGGCGCACGACAGCGCUGUGCGGGCCAUGCAGUUCACGCACUCUGGUGCCUAUCUUGCGUCGGCAGACCAGAGCGGUAUCAUCAAGUACUUUCAGCCGAACAUGAACAACCUGACCGCAUGGACGGGUCACCGCGAAGCUAUUCGAGGGCUGAGUUUCAGUCCCGACGAUGGGCGGUUUGCGACGGCGAGCGACGAUUCGACGAUACGGAUCUGGUCGUUCGAGGAAAGCCGCGAAGAGCGUGUGCUGACAGGGCAUGGAUGGGACGUGAAGUGCGUGGAGUGGCAUCAGACAAAGGGGCUCCUCGUUUCUGGAAGCAAAGACAAUAUGAUCAAGUUCUGGGAUCCCAGGACAGGGACGUGUCUAUCAACGCUGCACUACCACAAAAACACUGUCCAAGCUCUUGCCUGGUCUCCGAAUGGCAACAUGGUAGCAAGCGCAUCGCGAGACCAGACCGUGCGCGUGUUCGAUAUACGCGCGAUGAAGGAGUUCCGGGUGCUGAAGGGGCACAAAAAGGAAGUCUGCUCUGUCACUUGGCACCCGGUGCACCCCAUCCUUGUCACCGGCGGAUCAGAGGGCGCGAUCCUGCACUGGGACCUCUCCUCCUCCACCGACACGCUCGCGCAGUCACCGUCGCAGCCGCCGGGGGCGCGCGCGACGCUCUCGCAGGCGCACGACUCGAACGUCUGGUCGCUCGCCUUCCACCCGCUCGGGCACCUCCUGGCGAGCGCGUCCAACGACCACACGACGCGCUUCUGGUGCCGCGAGCGCCCCGGCGACGCGACGUCCGUCUUCUCGGGCGGCGGGCAGAAGCCGCCGGAGGUCACGGACACCGCCGGGCAGGAGGACGAGGACGAGAGCAUGGUGCCCGGCUUCGGCUUCACCGGCGCGGGCGGCCAGUGGUGGGGCAAGGACGAGGACGGGGACAGCUCGAUGCAGCAGCACCCUGGCCUGCACGACGCGAACCCCCCUCGCCGCGGCAUCCAGGAUGGCGGGGACGACUACAUCCCUGGGUUUGGCCCAUCAGACGGCCCAGGGAUGGUGGGCCGCCAGAAUGGGCCGCUCCCGUCUCAGGAGGACCUGUACCCGGGAGAUGGGGAUGAUUCGUUCAGGAGAGGCGGCCGGAACCGCUGGGGACCUAGACGCGGCGGCGGGCGACAUUGAUUGUCAUACACCUCGUCGACGUCAGUUGCUGUACGCCUUCUCGUGUACCUAUUGUGCUGCUCUUGAUGAUGAUUAAGCCUUGUGAGGAUGCACCUGCUUAUCACGCACUGUCGGGGGA